UUUGGAACGCCGUAGCAGCCAGAAGGACACGGGUGAACAGCGUCGAAGCGUGCGAACGGAGUGGAGCGGCUACUUUUAGCGCCCUUUUUUGUUUCAUUUUCCCACUCACAUAAAACAAAGCAAAAUUUUUGGCAAACACCUUUUCGGCAAACAAAUUGAAAACAAAACUAAAAACAUUUUCGUGCUAAACGCGGGAAUCAUACAAAAGAUUUGUAUAUUCCAUAUAAUAUUGUGUUCGUAAACAAUUUUUUUCUGUUUGAUCCCCGAUAAACGAUAAACGCGAGAAGAAGUCUAUUUCCAGUGAUCUUGGAAAAAGGCGAAAAAAAACUCACCGGUAAAGUGGCGAAGAGAGAGAUAAAGAGCAACGCCUUCCCUCGCAUUCGCAAAAACAAAAAAUUCAAAAUUCAAAAUUACCCAGCACAGUGGGCCGCAUUCCGAUUCGUUUCGGUUCCGAUAUUUGGUUUCUUCAGUUCGUAUUAUUUUUCGAGUCUGCUGUUUUGUGUUUCGCUGAAGGCAGAGAAAGAGAGAGAGAAAGAGAUCAGUGGAGACGAAGAGAGCGGAGCGAAGCAGCAGGAAAGGAGGAAGCGAAGAAGCAGUCCAACGAAGAAGUGCCCAAAGCGAGGCGCAGAUAAUACAAAUACAAAAGCAAAUUUUCAACUAUAAAUCACAAAAAAAAUAAAACCAAACAAAACAAACGAUCGGCUCAGCAGAGCCAACGAAAUAUAAGCGGCAGCAGGAUAGAAUGCGCCACUAAUCCCGGAGAGACAUGAGAACCGGAGGACGUAACAGAAGUAGCAGCCAAAAAGCAUCGGUAGCAUCGACUUAUGUAGCGGUCCAUGACGAGCAUUAAGACCGAGAUGCCGCCCCUGCACGCGGCAGAGGCGCUUGCCGCCAGCAGUGCCACCGACAGCGGUGGGGGAGGAGGAGCGGGCGGACCAGGAUCAGGAGUGGGAGGAUCAGGAGCGGGAGGCGGCGGAGGCAGUGCGCCCGCGACGCCCAAUGCCACAAUCAGCGCCGCAGCCGACUCCAGUGAUAAUCAGCCCGGCACACCGCAGCCCCCGCAACAGCAGCAGCAACAACCCACGCAGCAGCAGUUGCAGCCACAAGCGCAGCAACAGACCAUGGGCGGCGAUCCCCAGCAGCAACAACAGCAGCAACAGGCCUCGGGCAUCACCCACCAGCCGUACGCCACCCACCACAUGUACUCUGCCUCCGGCGGACAGCAGCAGCAGCAGCAGAUCUACGGCGGUCUGUACGGCGGAGACAUGCAACAGCAGCAGGGCUACGCAAGCAGCUACAUUAACAGCUACGAGCAGUUCUACCAGCAGCAGCAGCAACAACAGGGCCCCACAGACUACGCCUUUGGCGCCGUGGGCGUGGAUUAUGGCAAGAGCGCCGGGGUGCGGUACCAUCCCUACCUGCAGACACCCACAUCCGGACUGGGUGGCAUACCAUCGGCCAGUGCGACCCAGGAGGAGGCGGGCAGUGCGCCCAGUGCCGUCAGCACCACUACAGCUGUGGCCAUGAGUCCGCGCGUGGUCAGCAGCAGCAGCCCCACGUCGACGUCCUCGCACAUGCAGCUGGGCAGCUCUAGUGGUCAGACUCCGGGCUCCCCGGGCGGAGCCACUGGCAGUGCCGGAUGCAAGCUGCAGUGCAAGAAAUGCGGCAUCCUCACCACCAACGAGUCGGAGCUGCAAGAGCACAUCGCCAACGUGCACGGGGAGUCGCCCUACGGUAGCAGCGGCUACGCGAGCUCGCCUUACAUCAAGGAGGAGAUGCCCACGCCACAGCCACCCGGCGGCGGAUCGACAGCGGCCAAUCCCGGCGAGCUGCUCGACCUGGACUCCCAGAAAAUGGUGUACCACCAGCAGCUGCUCCAACAGCAGCAGCAGCAACAACAACAGCAGCACGAUGCGGUUGCCGGCCUGCCGCUGGGCGCUCUGCCGGAUCCGCUGCACUCGAUGCAGUCCAUGCAGCAGCGGGCGCUCCACAGCUGGGAGCAGCAGCCGCAGCAAACCGUGGCUUCCGUGGAGGGCCUGCCGCCCUACAUGCAGCAGGGCCUGGGCGUGGGGCUAGGAGUGGGCGUGGGUGUGGACAAGUCGCCCUACUACUCUCCCAAGCAGUCGCCCUAUCACCAGACGGCCGGCGUUGGCGGAGCCACGCUGAUCAAGCAGGAGUACGGAGGCCACGGACUGAUCAAAUCCGAGUACCCCGAUUCGCAACACUACGUGGACAAGUCCUUCGACCCCACAGCCGGCGGAGGCGGCGGUGCCGAGCUGUGCGCCAGCGUGGCCACUAGUCCGGCAGAGUUCCCCAGCACCACCACAGGCGGACCCGGGCAGGAUAGCGCGGCGGGUGCGGCGCCAGGCGGCGGAUACCGCGGUUUCGAGCCGCCCAGUUCCAGCUCCGUGCUGCCGGCCAACAGCCUGACGGCCAAGGCGGCCACCUGGAAGUCGAACGAGGCGCGCCGCCCAAAAACGUACAACUGCACGGCAUGCAACAAGUGGUUCACCAGUUCGGGACACCUCAAGCGCCACUACAACACGACGCUGCACAAGAACGCGGUCAAGUCGAGCGGACAGCCGGACCCAGCCACCUUGCCCAUCUCGGCGCACCACCAUCCCGCCCGCGAUCCGGUGACGAAGCCCAGCCGCAGGGGCAACGCAGCAGCUGCUGCAGCCGCUGCAGCAGCCGCCGCUUCGGGCGGCGGUCAGGGGCAGCAGCAACAACCGCCGCCGCCACCACCGCCGGCCAAUGUCCCGCCACCGGAGCCGCCCAGAAGUCCGCCCGAGUACGGCGGAGGCGGCGGCUUGGGCGUGGGACCGAUGGGCGGCGCUGCCAUGUCCCAGUACUCGGCCUCGCCCUCGCCCACUCAGCAGCAGCAGCAACAGCACCACCUCAACCACCAUCAGCAGCAGGCCAACGGCUAUGCUAAUGGCACCGCCAACGGCUAUGGCUACAUGCAGCAACAAGUGCAAUCCACGACAAACGCUUCACCACAGCACGCUUCCAACAACAACAACCAGCAGCAGCAACAACAACAGCAGCACCAUCAGCAGCAGAUGCCGCAGCACCACAACUCCGUUUUGAACGGUCACCCAAACGGGCUAGCAGGUCCCUCCGCCCCACUCAACAACAACAACACCACCCAAAUGCCGUCCUCCCAAAUGAGGGGCCUGCUGAACGAAACAACAACCACGCCGCCACCAACAACAACAACCCGACCACCACAAAUCACAACAACAACGGCAACGGCGGCCACCACGGUAGCUAUAAAGAGCGAGCAAAUGGAGGACAGCAACCACACACAUCCCAAUCUCAGUCACAGCCAGGACAGGAGCCACAGCAGCAGCAGCAGCUCAAUGGCCACGGAGGAGGCGGAGGAGCAGGAGCUGCGGGAGCAGGAGCAGGCGGAAGAUCACCUGCAGCAGCAGCAUCAGGCGGCCCAGCAGUAUCUGCUGGCGGCGCGUCACUACCACAGCAGCACGCCCAACACGCUCAGCAGCAGCAACACCAAUCCCAGCACGCCCAGCAGCAACUCGCCCCAUACUAUCUACCGGCAGGAGCCGCCGGGAACGGAUUUCUCGCGCACCACCCCGCCGCUGCAGCCGCUGCCGCCUAUGGGAAUGCUGCCGCCUAUGGCAAUGGACUACAACAUGCUGGCUUUGGAUAUGCCCAUGCCCAUGCCCACGCCCAUGCACAGCAGUAUGCUGCAGUGCAGCAGCACCAGCACCACGCCGCUAGCUACUACCACCACCACCAGUAUGCCGGACACUAUGCAGCCGCCGCAGCAGCAGCUGGUGCACCACUACCACCAGGCGGUGCUCCACCCGCACCAUCAGCAGCUGGGGGAGCUGCACCAGCACCAGGCGGAGGAUCAGGAGCAGCAGCGGCGGGAGCUUCACCAACUGGAUCAGCAGCAUCAGGCGCUAAUCCUGGCGGACAGUUUGCCGCACAGCAGCAGUUCGCCCACCAGCAGCUCCCCGCCGCCCACCAUGGCCAUGCCCAUGCCGCUCACCACCAUCACAGCGCCGCAGCUGCUGCCGCUGCAGCCGCCGCCGCCGCACAUCACCAGCACCAUGCCCAUGCCGCCCACCAUGCACAUGCCCAUCAUGCCGCCGCCGCCGCCAUGCUACCAGCAGCUGCAGCCGCUGGACCCCACAAUGAGCUAUCACACUAUUAUUGGUAGUGGGUCGGAGGUGCACUCGGCGGCGGGCGGAGGGGGCUACGGCAACCAGAUCGCCACGAGCGACGGCCAGAUCCUGCAGCUGAUGCCCGCCUCCCUGUUCGCGCCCUACGCCCCGCUAUCGCCGUACUCGGUGGCCGCCCAGCGGUCGCCGCAGGAGGGCGAUCUGCCGCCGGUGCACACUCUGACCACGGCGCUCCACGCCCACCAGCAGGGCGGGCAGCAGGAGGCGCAAACGCCCACCCUGACGGUGCUCUCCACGCCCUACUCGCCCACGGUGAGCAGCUCGCGGGCCACUCCCGCGCUGGAGAUGGACAUGGCCACGCUCAUGCAGCACCAGCAGGACUACGAGAUGGAGCAGUACCAGCUGCAGCACCAGCAGUUGGAGCAACUGCAGCAGCACCAGCAGCAACUGGGGCAGCAGCAGCAGAUCCUGGCGGAUCAGGUGCAGUCGCUGGCACAGCAGCCGUUGGCCAAGAAGCGGCGCGGCGGCAACGGAACACCCUCGACGACGAAGCGUCGGCGGAACAGCAGCGUCGGAUCCACGUCGCCGCACUCCACCACCCUGCCCUCCGGACGGAUCAAGUGUCUGGAGUGCGACAAGGAGUUCACCAAGAACUGCUACCUCACGCAGCACAACAAGAGCUUCCACUCCGCAUCCAGGAGGCAGCCCAAAUCGAACCCAUCUAUGUAUUCAGCGAUGCGCAGGCAGCCGAACGCCCAGAAACGGAUCAAAAUUUAAGUGAAUUGAAUUAUUUCGGACAACCCGUGAACUCCGGGCAUUGGUGCGAGUACGAAGAGGGGAAGGACGAAGGAGGAAGCCCCCAAAGAAACAUCAACUUGAGUGGUGUACAAUUUUACCCCCACCCCGAUCAUCAUCAUCAUGGACUUCAGGAUCACCACAGAAGCUCUCUCCCCCCACCCCGCGUAAAAAAAAUGUUUUCAGUUCAAAGGUUUUCGUUUACAUAUUCUAGUAAAAUCAAUGAAUCUUUCGAAAGGGACCUACAUUCAGGACGUACUAGGGAUUCCCCAGGAAAUAAUCGAAUCUCUUUAGUGCAAAUUUAGUAUAACUCCUUGUCCGCCAAUCGCAGACUCCCAUUCAAAUAUUGAUGUGUAACCAGACAAGAAGCAGCCCGAAUAGCCAUACUAAAGGGUAUUAUUUUGCGUACUUGUAGCCCUUUUUAUCUGACGCUCCUGGCCAUAAUUACAAUUACAAAUACACUUGCAAUUGCAUUCAUUAGCUGUACAUAGGCGUAACAAGUCGAAGGACUAAAACGUAGAGGGGAAGAGGACGAAGAUGCAGCUGCAGAAUAUUGUCUCCUAUAUCAACAUUGUGCAUAUCAUUUAUUGGGCAAACGGAAACACAAUAAUUAAACUUAAAUAGCAAAAGGUUAAAAGCAGGAGAGGCAAUACUUUUAGUUGAAAUUGAAUUGAAUUAACUCGCUUUGCGAAACGCAUUUCAUCCGUCAGUUGGGAGUGUUUACUGUGCAAUAUAAAGUAUUUUUUUUAUCGAAAUGUUAAGGACGAAACUAGCGAUAGCAUAGAACCACAAACGAUUACCUCGGCAGAACAGCUCAGAAAGUAAUAGAAAUCUACCUCGUUAGCAAUAAAAUGAAAACACAAGUGCAAGUGCAAGCAGGAAUAUUUUAGUUCGAUUCUCAUUUUGAAAUAAGAACAAGCUUAUUAUACAAAACAAACGCAGCCAAUGCGAACAAAUCGAAGAAAAUGUCAACUAAUUAUACGUAAAACUAAAACAAAUAACUUUAAAUAUAAUUGUUUAUAUGCUAUUUAUACACACCUAUACAUUAUAUACGAAGGGUACUUCUAGGCUUAAUGAAACCCGGCCACCCAUCCCCCCUCCCCCUUCCCCCAGUUGCGCGGCAUUGUCAUCAGUUUAAAUUUGAAUCUUUACCGUUUGGCCAGCUACCAUGAAUUUGUUGCUCAUAUGACAACGCAACCAACACCCAUACACCCCCUCCCCCUCCCCCUCCCCUCCCGGGGGCGGUGGCCAAAGGUCAGGGGGCAGUGGCCAGAAGGGAGCAGUAGUUGCCACCACUACUCCACCCCCCACCCCAUCUAUCUCAACAACGAAAAUCCAAUUGAGAACUAGAAACAAGUGAUUUCGGUAGUCCUGCAGGGAGUUAAUCUUUGAGCCUGAAUAAUAAUAUAACUAUCACGUUGAAGCAUUUGUCCGCAUGUCCAUUUAUACUAUACAACUCACUGUACCAUUUCCAUUGUCAGUUUAGAUCAGAUAGAACUACUGCACUCUGCAAUACUCAAGUGAAUAGCGAAAUCUCUUAAAAGCUUUUUGCCAAAAACCCUACACCGCAAAGGCAAAGAAAUAACUUGCAGGAUUACAACAUUUUUUCGGAACACCGAAUCUAUUUUUCCUUCCCUGGACUUCAAUACAAUUCUGUUUGUGUUUAGAAUUAUACGUAAAUAUAGUUUUUUUUUCUUGAAGCAGAACACCUAAGCAAUACUUGAUGCAGGCAACUCUUUGGUUCAGACUAUAACGAUUCUUCGAUCUAAGCUAAAUGCAAUUUCUUGGAAGAUAUUUAAAGAGAGAAACUAAAAAACAUAUUUGAAUUAUGUAGCAACUACAUGUUAAAUUUUAGCAAUUAAUUAUUAAAUAAAAGGGAGCACAAAACCCGUAUGAAACUUACAAAUUAUACACACAUAUACGAAUAUGAUGAUCGGGUAUAUUUAAAGGAAAUUUUUAAGAAGCACCAAGUGAAAAAUAAACACUGAAACCGCCAAAGAGUUAAUAGGAAAAGUUGAACAAUGGCCAAAUGCAUGAUACAUUAUCGGGUAUUUCUUGUACAAGCCAAUUAUUUGAUUUUAGUAAUAAGGCAAAGAAAAACACUAUUGUUUGUAUUGUAUUUGUAACCGUUUCUUAAACAAAAGGUCUUAAUCAUUAAUUUUUAAGUUAAAAGUAGCAACAACCACAAUUAUGUACAAUUAUUUAAGUUAACCCCUGAAAAAACGAUCAUACUUUUCUAAUUUGUUAUGAAGAUGGUUUUGAAUUAAUUAAUUAUUUGACGAAGUGUUCCACAAAAAAGGAUACGAAUCUUAAAAUAGGCUUGUACAAGAAGAAGCCACUUGAGUGUAGUAGAACUUUGAAAAACAAAAGACGAAAAAAAUCCAAUAAAUCUACAAGGAACCAUGUACCUCUCUCCAGUAAUGGCGCAAAAAAAGGAAAACCAAAUCACACAGAUGAAGAUUUACCAAAAUCUGAAUUAUAAUUCCCAAUUAUUUUUUGUGUAUGUUGUGUGUGCGUGCAUUGAUAUUUGUACAUUUUUACAAACUUAUAGCAACCUCAGAUGCAAACGCAAAAGGCCAACCAACCUCAAGAGAACCCAACUUGUAUCAGAAAUUUUAACAAAGAUUUUAUAUAAUGAAAGUUAGGAAAACUCAGUGUUAAAUGGAUUUGGCAUCAGGCCAAUUACAUAUAUGUGUCCUCUAAUAAGCACAUCUCAAUGUAUGCCAACUCAAAUCGGAACCCGGAACCCAAGUUGUAAUCCGAGGCUCUGCAUCCGAAUGAAUUUUCGCAAACAUGUAUCUCUAAAAUAAACCUGUACAUACAUUUAUGUGUACGUAUGUACAUAUAAUCGACGGGUCUCCCUCACCACCCCUUUACACACAAGGAGAAACGAAAUUGUCAUACCAAAAAUAUUGGAAGCAAAAAACUGACACAUGAAAAAAUGAAUUUUUUUGAACCGAAAUAAAGAA